AUGAUUACUAGCUAGGGGUUGGACCCCCUGUCUCUCUGUGUAUAUAAGACGCUGCAGCCAGCACAGAGCUGCUGUCGCUGCUGCCGGAGCCAGGACCACGGUAUACCCGCUCAGCCCCUUCGGACACAGAGACCUGAGAGGGAAGUUAAGAAGGCUGCUUAGCUCUGCGCUAGGCAUCCUGGUUCACUUUUGCAGUAGAUACAGACACAGGAAUCCCGAACGCUCUCCCCUGCCCCCAGACACACGCCCACAGACUCCUGAGCUCCAGACCAGUGCCGCACGGGGCAGCCUGGCAGCAGCUCCCCGCUGAAGGCGAUGCUUACAGGGAUCCUAGCUGCAGUGCUGGGAAGGAGGGAGUAGUACCCAGAAGGAGAGCAAGACUGCUGCUUAGAGCCUCCAGUGACUGACUGUGCUCCAGGAGGACGCCGCCUUUGCUCCCCUGGACACCUGCUGCAGAAGCCUCGCCACCAUGAUCCGCGUGGUCUCGCUGCUGCUGGGAGUUGCGCUGCUCUGUGGCCACGGAGCCUUUGCCCGACGGGUGGUCAGCGGUCAAAAGGUGUGUUUUGCUGAUGUGAAACAUCCCUGCUACAAAAUGGCCUACUUCCAUGAACUGUCUAGCCGAGUGAGCUUCCAGGAAGCACGCCUGGCUUGUGAAAGUGAAGGAGGUGUCCUCCUCAGUCUUGAGAACGAGGCUGAACAGAAGUUAAUAGAGAGCAUGUUGCAGAACCUGACGAAACCUGGAACCGGGAUUUCAGAUGGUGACUUCUGGAUCGGACUUUUGAGAAGCGGAGAUGGCCAAAAUUCUGGUGCUUGCCCAGAUCUCUAUCAGUGGUCUGAUGGAAGCAGCUCCCAGUUCAGGAAUUGGUACACCGAUGAACCUUCAUGUGGAAGCGAAAAGUGUGUUGUCAUGUACCAUCAGCCAACGGCCAAUCCUGGCCUUGGAGGUCCCUACCUUUACCAGUGGAAUGACGACAGGUGCAACAUGAAGCACAAUUACAUCUGCAAGUACGAACCUGAGAUUCAGCCAACAGACCCUGUUGAAAAGCCGAAUCUUACUAAUCAACCUGAAGACAGGCAAGAGAAUGUGGUUGUUACUGAAGCAGGCAUAAUUCCCAAUCUAAUUUAUGUUAUCAUACCAACAAUUCCUCUGCUUUUACUGAUCCUUGUUGCUUUCGGAACCUGCUGUUUCCAGAUGUUGCAUAAAAGGAAAGCAAGGAGAAACUUCAUCAAAGACUCCACUCCAUUAUCAUCUGAGUGCCUUGCAGAAAGUUUAAAUUCCAAUCUGUAAAGGAAGAACAAAAACUAGCCCGAAUCAGUCUACACUGUGGAUUUCCAAGAGCACGAGAAAGGAGAGCGGUAUGGAAGUCUAAUAACGAACUGUCUCUGCUCCAGAAAACAAAGAUAGUUUUGUGAUUCCCGAUCAGGGUAAGGAAUGGCAUCAUUAGCUUGGAAUGGCUUGAAAUCUCAAAGGAUCUACAAGAUGAACUGUAAGCUCCCCCUUGAGGCAAAUGUCAAAAUAAUUUUUAUAUGUUCGUAGUUUAACUUACAAAAUAUGCUGUAUUUGUCAUGGAGUGAGACCUGCUUACUCAGCUAAAGGAUGCACCCUAACAUCAUGUCAUUGAAAUGGAUUAUGCAGAUAAAACUUCAGUGGACACAUCUGGAAUUCCUGGGUUGGAAGUAGUUCCUUUUGCAUUUCGUCACCUUCAUCAUUUUGAUCUACUU